AUGAUACCGCAACAAUGGACGCCGCCGUGUGGGAAUCAAUGCACGCAUAAGUAUGCAGCACUUACGCAGAUUCCUUGGAGAGUGUUCUGCAAAAAGGGAUGCGAUGCUGAUAGUGACACAUGGGAAGAUUGUAUAGCAGACUGCAGUGAGAUAUGCUAUAAAGAUCCUGUGAUCAAAGACAGACCAUGGAGCGCGUAUAUCGAUCGUUCCCCUGGAGCUGCCAAAUACUCUGAGGAAUGCUUUCACGCGUGUCUCGCAGGCUGUGGUUACAAGUUUGAAGUUGAAUCUGAGGAAGUCAAUAAGGCGAAACCAAAGAGACCACCACCACCACCACCAAAGCCACAGCCACCACCACGAGCUCAAAAACCAAUCCAGUCACCAGCUGAGGAUGUUCCUGAAACUUCUGCUUGA